AUGGCCGACCAGGAAUUGAAAUGGAAGAUCCCUGAGAAGCGCGAAUUUCUCGGCGGCGACCUUGUGGCUCAGAGCCUGGCGCAGCUGGGCGUCGAGGUCUCGUUCGGUCUGCAUGGAGGGCAUCUAGACGCCUUCUUGAUCGGCUGUCGACUGGCUGGCAUCAGACUGAUCGACAGUCGACACGAAACCACGGCCGUGCAGGCGGCCGAGGGAUAUGCCAAAUUGUCGGGCAAAGUGGGAUGUUGCUUUGUGACGGCCAACAGCGGAUUCUGCAACUCGCUGCCGGGUCUUGCCACGGCGUUCGCAGACCGCUCGCCAAUCUUCAUGGUCACGUCGUCGCCGCCGCUGCGCGAGGCCGAGACGAAUUCCCUGCAGGGAUUCCACGACCAAGUGGUCCUGGCCAAGCCAGUCUCAAAGUUUGCGCACCGGGUCACGACGGUGGAAGAAAUCCCGCGCAUCGUCAGCUACGCGUACAAGACGGCGAUAUCGGGCAUCCCGGGCCCCGUCGUGGUCGAUUUCCCCAUCGACAUCCUGUUCCACCCGCCCAGAAUGAACGCCCUGGCUUAUGGGUCCGUCAUGCGACCGACGGCCAUCUCACCAAGCCCCGACCCGGCCGCCAUCGACGAGCUGAUCUCGCUCUGGAAGGCGGCAAGCCGCCCGGCCAUCGUCGUGGGCACGGGCGCCGCGCGGACCACGGACCGCGACUCUCCCAAGAGUAGCCCUCUGCUGAAACUGGCCGAGGCCACAAACACGCCCGUCUUCUACUCGCACAAGUAUAGCCCGGCCAUCCCAUUUGACCACCCACUCCGGGCCGGCCAUUCGGGCCUGUUGGCCAAGUUGCGCUUCAUCAAGCAGCAACAAGCCGACUUUGUGCUGCUGCUGGGCGCGCGCACGGGGUUCCUGCUUGGGGGAAGGUCUGGCGCCAUCGUGCCCAACUCGGAAUGCAAACUGGUCCAGGUCGACCUGGAUGGCGGGGAGAUUGGCAAGUCGCACGCGGUGGACCUGGGAAUCGUGGCGGACGCCAACAAAUUCAUCAGCGCGGUGCUGGGAAAAAUUCCCGAGAACUCCCUGCCAAAGCACGAGUCCUGGCUCGAGGCCAUCCACGGGUGCAAGACCAUGAAGAGGCAGUAUAGCGGGGACGAGAUUGUGCGGCCUGACGGGCGCCUACACCCGUACUUUGCGAUGCAGACGAUCAUGGAAUCCCUCCCACCGGACAGCAUCGUGAUCAUGGACGGCGGCGAGGCCGGCGUGUGGGCGAUGGAUCACCUGGAGCGAGCACGACCGGCGACCGCGCUCGUGUCGACGGGCUACCUGGGCUUCUUGGGCAACGGCUGGGGUUACUCGAUGGGUGCGGCGCUGGCGUGUCCCGACAGGCUGGUAGUCAACAUCCACGGCGACGGCAGCGCCGGGUUCCACAUCCAGGAGCUGGACACGUACGCGCGGCACAACCUCAACGUCCUCACCAUUGUCUUCAACAAUUACUUCUGGGGCAUGUCCGUGGCGGGCCAGGACCUGCUCUACGCCAACGAAGACCCCACGCGCGCCGUCUCCAGCCUCUCGCCCAGCUGCCGUUACGACAUUGUCGCCCAGGGCUUCAACUGCGGAGGCGCCAUCGCCGAGAAAUCUCUCGACGAGGUCCGCGACCGUCUCCGCUCCCUUGUCACGGCUGAAAAGAGGCCCGGACUGCUUAAUUGUAUUGUCUCGCGCGACCCCAUCACGGAGGUCACCAAGAGCAUGGUCGGCAAGACCGACGACAAGGACUGGAUUGUUGUGCCGUACUACGACAACGUCCCUAAACCGUACUAUCGCGAUCAGGGGGCCGCAAACGGUAAUGGCGUUGCGAACGGGCAUUGA